UCCCUCCGAGGCGCGGCCUCCCCGCCAGAGCCCCGUGGCCGGCCGGGGGCUCCUCCGCACCUGCGCCCCGGGGCUCCCGGCCCUCCCGCGGCCUCCACCCCGCCCGCCAUGAGGUCGCCGUUCUACCGCUGCCACAACACCAGCUGGGUGGAGAAGGGCAACUCGGCGACGAUGAGCUGCGUGCUGUUCAGCGCCGGCCUCCUGGGCAACCUGCUGGCCCUGGGGCUGCUGGUGCGUUCGGGGCUGGGGUCGCGCCCGCCGCGCCCGCCGCCCUCGGUCUUCUACGUGCUGGUGUGCGGCCUGACGAUCACCGACCUGCUGGGCAAGUGCCUGGUGAGCCCCGUGGUGCUGGCCGCCUACGCGCAGAACCGGAGCCUGAGGGUGCUGGUGCCGGCGGCGGACAGCUGGCUGUGCCCGCUCUUCGCCUUCUUCAUGUCCUUCUUUGGGCUCGCCUCGACGCUGCAGCUGCUGGCCAUGGCGCUGGAGUGCUGGCUGUCCCUGGAGCACCCCUUCUUCUACCGACGGCACGUCACCGCGCGCAGGGGCGCGCUGGUGGCGCCGGUCGGGAGCGCCUUGUGCCUGGCGUUCUGCGCGCUGCCCUUCGCGGGCUUCGGGAGGUUCGUGCAGUACUGUCCCGGCACCUGGUGCUUCAUCCAGAUGGUGCGCGAGGAGGGCUCGCGGUCGGUGCUGGGCUACUCCGUGCUCUACUCCAGCCUCCUGGCGUUGCUGGUAGCCGCCACCGUGCUGUGCAAUCUGGGCGCGAUGCGCAACCUCUACGCCAUGCACCGGCGGCUGCGGCGCCUCGCGCCCUCGGCCACCAGGGAGCCGCGCGCCGGCGAAAGGGACGCAUCCCCACAGCCCCUGGAGGAGCUGGACCACCUGGUGCUGCUGGCCCUGAUGACCGUGCUCUUCACCAUGUGCUCCCUGCCGGUGAUUUAUCGGGCUUACUAUGGAGCAUUUAAAGAUGUCCAAGAGAAAAACAGAACCUCGGAAGAAAAGGAAGACCUCCGAGCCCUGCGUUUCCUGUCCGUGAUUUCCAUCGUGGACCCCUGGAUUUUCAUCAUUUUUAGAACUUCAGUAUUUCGGAUGUUUUUUCACAAGAUUUUCGUAAGACCUCUGAUGUCUGGGAACUGGCGCAGCAAUUCCUGCCAAACCAGUGUGGAAUCCAGGUUGUGACCCUGUCUUACACUCUGCGGUAAGCUGAGGGAAAUAUCACAUUUUCAGUCAAAGCAGCAUAAUUUUUAAGAAACUCUUACACUUUAAAUUCUUACAAAUUAUCUCCCCUAACAAAAGCAUCGAAAUGUAUUUUAAGUAUUUAAUCUAUCUUAAUAACGUGUUGUCCCUCAAUAGUCAGUGCAUUUUUUUGUUAAAGAGCAGUUAAAUUUCAUAUAUUGUAAACAAUGUUAAAAGUCUUAAAGCAAUGAUAUUAAUUGUCCCAAUGUUUGUACUUGGUAGCCCUAACUUUUAGAGAUGUCUGAGACCUAUGGGUCUUCAUUUAAAUGUGUUAAAAACAUUACCCUUUACAAUUAGGAGAUGGAUGUUUUUAAAGAGCAGAAGAAUUGCUUAUCCUAUUUACUCCUAGCGAACAUGAUACCAUAUUAUAAUUCCUCUGUUCGGUUCUUUUCUUUGCCAGUUGCUCUAAGGACAGCCUACAUUUCAGAUGCUCCUAGGAGAAGUGAAGUGGGAAAUGCGCUCAGGUGAAGCAGUUGGAGGGGCCUUCCCAGCCCCUGUCUGAGGAGGACUCCACUGCCUCCUAUGGACACCAGAAGCUACAAGUGGACGCAAGGCAAGAGACGGCUACGGCACGCACCCCAGACAAGGGAAAACUAAUUUUUAUCUUUUGAAGUUCGACUUCUUUUGCAUUGAAGCAAGGGUCAAUAGUAAUCAAAAUUUGGGAGUGGACUUCAAAAUGUUCUUUUGAUUUGGGGAACCUCCAUUUUAUAAAAAGGUUUAUCAUAUUGAUGGAUUCUUUGGUGAAAGGAUUUAUGCUUCUGUGAAAAACAGGGAUGUGUGAAAACCAGAGAACCAUGUGUGCCAUUUGGCUCUGCGAAGCUGCCAGCAUUUGGCAUGGUGAAAAGCCCACCUAGGAGGUAGGGAGCUGCAGGAGAGGGAGGUGUCAAGGGCCUUGACAUCUACCUUAACUACCUGUAACAGCCACGUUCUACUCUUUGUGGAGACAGGAAGACCUUAUUGAGGACCCGGAGAGCUACACUUAACUUUCAAAACUGGGGCGACAUGUAGCUCAGGAGCAGCAUAACUGAGCACUUGAACUGCACAUUUAGAAGUUUACAAAGGUUAGCAACAGUGACCUCCAGGGAAGAGCAAAGCCACAGCUGCUAAGGGACUGGAAACCCAGUGUGCAGGUAUGAGAUCCCGCCUUUGGUAGAAGAGAUGGGGCGGGACAGAAGUGCAGCCUCUCCAAAGCCUCUGAGAGGCAGAGCCUGCUGCAUCUGAGUUGUCUUGAGACCCCCAGCCAGCAACUUCUUCCAAAGACCAGAGUACAAGUAUUUACUUUAUUUCCUGCUUAGCAGCAACUUCAAUUUUUUCACCUCUGGUUCUUCUGGUAUCUAAGAGAUAGUCUAAACCCGGAUGUAUAUGCAGGAGAACCUCCAUAGCCGCCCACCUCCUUAAGUUGACCUAAUGUUCAUAGACCAGACAUGCACCACAUGUACAUUUCAGUACAGUGGGCUUAGUUCCCUUUGGUGACCACCUCCGUGUGUUGACCAGCAUGUUACAGUCCCUUGGGUGGGUGGGCACCUUACAGAGAUUCCACUGUGCAUAUACAGAGGGUGCCCAAAAAGUGUGUACACAUUUUUAAGAGAUGUUAUCUAUGUAUUAGUUUUCAAAGUUGGACUGAAGGUGUUGUUACUGGUCAGGUGCACUGGACACUAUCUGCACAUCCGCUCUACCUGCAAUUCAUACGGUUUUGAAGAAUAAUCAACUUUACUUCCAACAAGAUCUCUUAAAAUGUGUGUACACUUUAGGCAUCCCCAAUAUAUGUGUCGUUUUUUUUCUGUAUAGCAAAACUGUGAAAAAGACUAGUCAGGAAUACAAGUAAAAUUUGAGAGCAUGGAAUAAUGAAAAAAUGUAAUUCUUUGAAGUUUAACUUUUAUUUGUAUGUUCAAUGUGUAAUUAUGUGUGUGUGUUAUUGUCAGAGGAAGUACAUCAUUUUUGUACUCUCCUUUUGAAGAUGUGUGUUUGACAACUGUCCAGAUAAUUUGAAAAGGCCCCAGAUUUA